ACCGCCUUCUAGUGCAAAAAUGACCAAAACGGCCUUGCCAAUCUGGGAAGCAUCGAAUCAAUCGAAUACUCAAGCCGACAGUACGCAUCUGUGGAACUCGUCGUCGUCAUUCUCAGGCUAAAGGGGUUGAACUAAUCCAUUUUUUAGGGCUUUGAUACGAAUCGCCAACCUCUUACGCCGGAGUGGCCGACUUAAACGAUCCCCCACAGGUUCGAUUUCAAGGUUUUAAGAGAAGAACGAUACACUUUGAGCGUGCGUAUGAAUUGACAAACAUAUAUUUGUUGUGGGAAAUGAUGUGUGUAUGCAAUCCAGUGGUUUGGACUAAGGAUCUGCAGCUAGGGUUUAGCAUAUCAAGCUCUCUCCAAACAUUCAAGAUGGGUUUCUGCUUCUCUAAGCCUCAAAACGACGACGACUCUGAGCAUCAUGUCGAGUUUGCUGGUGGAAAUGUGCACCUCAUCACAACGAAAGAAAGCUGGGAUGAGAAGGUGUCACAAGCAAGGAAGGAUGGCAAGACGGUGGUUGCAAACUUCAGUGCAUCAUGGUGUGGUCCCUGCAGAAUGAUUGCGCCCUUAUAUUGCGAGCUUUCUGAGAAAUACCCUUCUCUGAUGUUCCUAACUGUUGAUGUUGACGAACUUACUGAUUUCAGCACAUCAUGGGAUAUCAAAGCCACUCCAACCUUCUUCUUCCUAAGAGAUGGCCAGCAAGUCGACAAACUAGUUGGAGCCAACAAACCGGAGCUACAGAAGAAGAUCACUGCAAUUGUGGAUUCAGUGAACCCAUUUCAUGCAUAGUUGUUGCAUGUUUCCCAUCGCAUUUAUGAGUGGUUAGGGCACUGCCAAUUCUCUCUACUUGGUGUGAUUCUCGUGUGAUUGGUAUAUAUCUUUUGCCUUUGCAAGUUAAGUGUCCUGUGUUUUUGAUAAUUACAUUAGCUUAAACCCGUGUAUCUUUGUCAAUAAUUGUUUGAGAAAUUGGUGAUUGUCCUGAAUGUGGAGAGGUUUUUGUUUAUGUGGAGUUAAUUCAAUGUCUUUUCUUUCU